UACACCCACAUAUCUGAGAUUAUAAUCAAGUAUCACAGUGUAUAUCACCCUAAAUACAAGCAGAAGCAGAAGCAGAAGCAUCUAGAGGAAAAGUCAAUAUUUCCAGAUUAAAUUAAGAAUUUAUUGAAAGAUAUUUCUGAAUGCUGAAAAAUGUCUUUUACACACACGCGCGCACACACUUAAUGUUGCUUUUGAGAGAAAGGUGCUGCAUUACUCUUGCAUUUGCUAAGUCACUACAUCACUAUACCAGCACUGUAUCACUGUUGGAACUUACACAACACCACAGUUGUCUUGGCAAAAAGAGUGGGUUCACCAGCGCUCAAUUAUUCUUUUUCAGUGCAUCAAUAUGAUACUAGCGGGGUGGCACAAUCCCAGUUCUCACCAUGAAUUUAACUGGCUUCUGCCACACAACACAACCUUGUCUAUGCACAGAAGUAAAGAGUAAGAGGGGCUGGUCACACUUAAAUUUCAGACUGGCUUCAGCUUUGUCCCCAUGCAUCCUUGUCUUACUUGUAGGAUAGGCUAAUGUGAGUCCUGUCAUAGGCCUGGUCUACACUACGCGUUUAUACCGAAUUUAGCAGCAUUAAACCGAUUUUACACUGCACCUGUCCACACAACGAAGCCCUUUAUAUUGAUAUAAAAAGAGCUCUUAAAACCGAUUUCUGUACUCCUCCCCGACGAGGGGAGUAGCGCUGAAAUCAGUAUUGCCAUGUUGGAUUAGGUUUAGUGUGGCCGCAAUUCGAUGGUAUUGGCCUCCGGGAGCUAUCCCACAAUGCACCAUUGUGACCGCUCUGGAAAGCCAUCUGAAUUUGGAUGCACUGGCCAGGUAGACAGGAAAAGCCCAGCGAACUUUUGAAUUUCAUUUCUUGUUCGCCCAGCGUGGAGAGAUCAUCAGCACAGGUGACCACGCAGAGCUCAUCAGGUAACAAUGCAGUCUCCUGAUAAUUGAAAAAGAGCUCCAGCAUGGAGCGCACAGGAGGUACUGGAUCUGAUCGCUAUAUGGGGAGAGGAUUCCAUGCUAACGGAACUCCAUUCCAAAAGAUGAAAUGAAAAAAACAUUUGAAAAAAUUUCCGAGGCCAUGAUGCAGAGAGGCCGCACCAGGGACUCAGUACAGUGCCAUGUGAAAGUUAAGGAGCUCAGACAAGCCUACCAGAAAACCAAAGAAGCAAAUGGAAAGUCUGGGGCAGGGCUGAAAACAUCCCACUUCUGUGCUGAGCUACAUGCAAUUCUAGGGGGGUCUGCCACCACUACCCCACUCCUGUCCAUCGAUUCCAAGGUGGAGGUGGUAAUCGCAGCCAUGGCUGAGGAUUCCGCGGAUGGGGAAGAUGAGGAGGAAGAGGCGGACGAGCUUUUAGAGAGCACACAGCACUCCGUUCUCCCCAACAGCCAGGAGCUUUUUCUCACACUGACGGAAUUACCCUCCCAGCCCUCCCAAGCAACUAUCCCAGACAAUGAAGCCAUGGAAGGGACCUCUGCUGCAAAUUUUUCAAGCAUCCCUACUCCGUCCCGAAGGCUAUCUCAGAUAAGGCGGCGGAAAAAUAAGAUGCGAGAAGAAAUGUUUUCAGAAAUCAUGGAAGUGACCCGCAAUGAAAGAGCUCAUCUGAAUGAGUGGAAGGACGUGGUAGCAAAAUACAGGAAAGAUGCCAGUGACCGUGAGGACAGGAGGGACGAAAGUGAGGACAGGAGGGAUGAAUGUAAGGACAGAAGGGACGCUCGAGAUGAGAGGUGGCGGCAGGAAGAUCAGUGGUGGCAGGAUGCAACUCUGGGGCUGCUGUGUGAUCAAACUGACAUGCUCCGGCGUAUGGUGGAGCUUCAGGAACGGCAGCAGGAUCACAGAGUGCCGCUGCAGCUCCUGUGUUACCACCCUCCCCCUCACCAUGUUGCUUAGCCUCCUCACCCGCCAGACGAAUAAGAACUCGUGGGGGUUGGCUCCG